AUGUUGAUGAUGUAUUUUGCUAUUUUUACUUUAUUACUUGCAACCAGAAUUUCAUCUGUGCCUUCACCAUCUAUAGUUUAUUCAGCUGUUAUCUAUAACGCACGGGUCUCACCAGUUCGAUGUGAUGUAUUCCGGUCUCUACCAUCAGGACGUACAGUAAAAUUUGGCCCAUUUACUAUUAGGAAACAUGAACGGUAUUUAAUAAAGGAACUAACGUUUAAUAUGGGGACAUGGAGAGCAGAUGCGAUAAUAGAGAAAAUUCAAUGUGGAAAUUUAGUACUUACUGCUCCAUUUGCUCAUGUUAUAUCACCAGUAAAAAAUUGGAAAUUUGUUGUUCAACAACACAAAAUUGUAUCGGUCGGACCAAGUUAA